AUGACAGAAAAUAGAUUGGCAAAAUUCCCGGAACGAUUUUUUUUAUUUUACGAAAUUAUGUUGAUUUUCAUCGCCAUUUGCACACUUCUGGGAAAUGCUUUGGUGUUGAUUGUGACCUGGAGAGAAAGAAGUCUUCAUCAACCAAAUAAAUAUUUUAUUGUUUUUCUGGCUGUGGCUGAUCUUAUCGUUGGUGUGUUGGUGAUACCAUUCAAGUUGUAUCAACUCAAUCUUGAUCCUGAACAGAAAAAUUCAAUCUCAAUUCAUCUGUGUCGCUUUUUAGUGUGGAUUGACACUUUUGCGUUGACAACAUCCAUUUACACAUUGACAUUCAUCAGUGUUGAUCGAUAUCUUAAAAUCAGCAAACCACUUCAAUAUAAGUCACGAAUGACAACUUCCAGAUCAGUGAAAAUAAUUUUCCUGAUUGUUUUCAUUUCAUCCUCCAUUGCCACGUACGCCGCCACUCCAUUUGCAGGCAGCAGUGGAAUUUUGGACGGCGGUGUCGGUCCUUGCAGUGUAAACGACCUAAAUGAAAUCAAAGGAUUUUAUACCCUUUUAUCAAUCAUUGCAUUUAUGCUUCCCACCAUAUGCAUAAUAAUUAUGUACGUUCUCAUUUUUCUUGUGGUUCAUAAACGCCAGAAGAUGUUCUUAAACGGGGAACUGGGUCAAAUAAACAACCCGAGCCGACAAGCUGUAUUUCGUCAAGAUUUAAAAGUGAUUAAAAUGUUAUUGGUUGUUGUUGGAGUUUUCAUAUGUUGCUGGUGUCCUCGGAUUAUAACGAUAGUACUUUCAAUUUACCAUCCAACAUUGCUUUAUGUGAGUAAUAAUUCCUCACUAAGCACCAUUCACGGGAUUUACAUUCUCUUUUAUACAAUGCGCGCACUUCCAUUACUGAACAGCAUGUGCAAUCCAAUAAUUUACGCCUGUCUCGACCAAACGUACAGAAAAGCCUUCAUACGUGUUUUUCAUCAAAUAAUUCGUCGACCAGACGUAAGAAGACAACAGUCUCCAAUAGCGUAA